UAGGCGAUAGGGCGCUUGCGUAAAUUCAAGGCCCCGUUUUCCUGCCACGCAGACGUGCUGCCACUGAAUGCGCAAUUACAUUUCUGCUCGACGGAUGUAGCUGAUGAUUGCGGGAUGCAGGCAUUGUUGCUUCUGGAAUGCGUCGCUUUGGCUCUCCUUUUCUUGACCAGUAAAGAUGCGUUUCCAGCUGGGAGUCUGGCUUCUCCGGUCUAUCACAGGAGAGGAGGCCUUGAUCUCGGGGGACCUCUGCCGGCGUUUCUUCCAAGAAGGCAGCAAACGCAGAUUGAACGUUGGCUGAACUUCGCUUUGCGGAGGACAAACAGGUUUCUCACGCGACUAGGCUUCUCUCCGUUGCGAAUUGACGACGGAAGUGCAUCUGCGAACAUGCGACUUACCUGGGGAGCAAAUGGUUUUCGAACUGUGCCGGAGUAGCGUAAACUACCCUACCAUUAGUAAACCCGUAAUAAAUAUGUGACACAACCGCGCA